AUGCUGAAGUUGGUAAUGAAGAAAGGUGAAGUAUCGGGAUCUAGAAUUAACGAUUUGUUUGAGAAAACGGUGGUGCUUUGUUUAGGUGUGGAUGAUAUAAAUGAUCUUGAAGAAGUUGGGGUGAAGUCCUCACUUCGUCCACCGUCGUCUUCAUUCCGCAAUUUAAGAAUUCUUAAUGUUUCGGAAUGUGCAACAUUGAAGUACCUUUUCACACUCCAUGUUGCAAAAGCUAUGUCAAAUCUUGAGCAUCUUGAGGUUUUCAAUUGUCUUGUUAUGAAAGAACUCAUGCAUCUUGAUAGUGGUGGGGAAGAGAGAGUGACAUUCCCCAAGUUGAAGAUUCUAUAUUUGAGUGGGCUGCCAAACCUAUCGGGUUUGUGA